CGGUCCUCUGCGGCGGUGGCGUCCUUACUGUCCGCAUUUUCCGCAUGCCUCUGUCCCCGGCACGUGUGGUGCAACUCAUCGUUGGAUCAUCUUCGCAUAGCCCCACCCUGGAAGAAGCUCUGUGAUGUGUGGAUCGUGAGUUUGCUCAAGCAAAUUGGACUCUUUACAAGGAAUAGCUGGAUUUGAGGACUAGGAUGGAAGAGCCAGCACCAGUGGAAGGCCAGGGCCAGCUCCCAAGCCCCCACCAGGGCUCUCUGAGGAAGGCUGUGGCAGCUGCCCUGGCCCUCGAUGGGGAAUCCACACUGGGUCGUAGGAAAAAGAAGAAAGAGUCCCGCCCAGAAUCCAUCAUCAUCUACCGGUCAGAGAGUGAGAAACGGGAUGAGGAGCCUGGGGAAUUAGAAGGUGGAGAUCAGCCUAAAGAGGAGGAAGGAGAUGAUUUCCUAGACUAUCCUGUGGAUGAUGUUGUGUGGAACAUGCCUGUGGACAGCCGCUAUGUCACAUUAACUGGGACCAUCACCCGAGGGAAGAAAAAGGGGCAGAUGGUGGACAUCCAUGUCACGUUGACAGAGAAGGAGCUGCAGGAACUCACCAAGCCUAAAGUGUCAUCAAGGGAAACAACACCUGGAGGCAGAAAGGCUUGCCAGCUGGGAGCAGACCGCGGGCCCCACGUGGUCCUCUGGACCCUGGUCUGCCUGCCUGUGGUUUUCAUCCUCUCCUUUGUGGUCUCUUUCUAUUAUGGCACCAUCACCUGGUACAACAUCUUUCUCGUGUACAAUGAGGAGAGGACCUUCUGGCACAAGAUCUCAUGUUGCCCCUGCCUCAUUCUCUUCUAUCCAGUGCUCAUCAUGGCCAUGGCCUCUUCCCUAGGCCUCUACGCUGCCGUGGUCCAGCUCUCGUGGUCCUGGGGAGCAUGGUGGCAAGCUGCCCGGGACAUGGAGAAAGGCUUCUGUGGCUGGCUGUGCAGCAAGCUGGGUCUGGAAGACUGUUCUCCCUACAGCAUUGUGGAGCUGCUUGAAUCUGACAAUAUCUCAGGCAAUCUGUCCAACAAGGAUGCCACCCAGGAGGUAGAAAUGUCCACCGUCUAAACUCCCAACAACUUACUUCAGUCUCUGGUCUCAGUAGCCUGUAUAUCAUCUUCCAAUUCCAGCAUAUUCCUUCUUUAAAUUUUUCCUCCCCAACGUCCCCCAUACACAGUUCUUCUGGAAAAUUUUAGCCUACACUGAUAUGUCCUGCCAUCUUGUUGGUUUCCAGGAGGGCAGGAAACAGGAAAGCAAUUUAUGCCCCAAUAGUCCAUCCAAUGGAUCAACUCUUCUUCAUUCCUUGCCCUAAGAUGACCAUUUACCUGAGACGAGGGAGCUCAUGUGUGCAUCAGUUCAGGAGCUUGAAGGUGUUCCUGGUGCCUAGAACCCAGGGGGGUAUGUGACUAAAUGUGACAGGGAGAGUAAGGAGGCUCAGGGGAGACCAAGUCCACCAAUAAGAUAAUAGAUAGGGAUGGAGUGAAACAUUUAAGAAGGCAGGGCUGCUGCAGUGUAGCAAAAUGUAAAGAUUUGUGUGUAUCACUUACAUUUUGAUUUAUAUAUUAAAUAUACUUAAAACCCAAAUAUCAGCAGUUUAAACAAGAUGGAAAUCUGUUUCUUUCCUGUAUAGAAGUCUGGAGGCAGAUCAUCAGGGAAACUGAUACAGUCAUCGGAGUCUCAGGCUUUUUUUAUUCCCUGACCCUCACUGCCUUUAUCCUCACCACCCAGUGGUGACUACAUCUCCAGUUAUCACACCCGUGUUUUGGAUAGAACAGAGGAAAGGGCAGAGGAGCACAUACACCCUCCUAGGCUAAGGAGGCAUCUCAGAAGACCCCACAACACUUUUUGUAUCUCACUGGCCAGAUCACAGUCACAUGACCUCACAAGCAAGAGAGGUUGGGAAAUGUAGUCUUUUGGCUGGGCAGCUAUAAAUAUUUGGAUACUGCUAAUUUAAGAGACAAAGAAAGAAUGGCUAUUUUGGUAGGCAAGUAAGAAUCUGUGGCUCACAGUAUACAUGCAAAUACCAAACUGCGAAUAUAGUUUUAAUGUAUUUAUUUAUUUAUCUAUUUAAGCCUAAAUCUUACACAGAGAAUUUAUACAUAGAUACUAGGUACAUAUUACUAUGCAUAAACCACACAUAGAUAUUAGCAGCUCAUAUAUGUUGCAAAUAAAUGUCUUUAAUGCCAUGUGGUUUCCGGUUUUUUAGAGAGGAAGAGUGAAUAGUUGAGUACAAUUAUAUCACAGUAGCAUAGCUUUUUUCCUGGUAGUGAAGGUGGGACUGGGUGGUGAUGUUUAAUUUAAUGUACAGUUAAAAGACUGUGAAGGGGGCAUUGCAUCUGUCAGACUUCCCCCAGCAGGGUCAGUAUACCUAAGCACAAGAAGACAGCUAGCUUUGUGUGGUUUGUCAGAGCCUCACGCACUCAGAAUUUCCUUCUUAUAGCAAACACAAUCUCUGCUGUGCUGAGAAGCGUGGGUCUUUGUGGACACUGAGGGUGUAAACCAGAUAAAUCCAGAUUAAUAGAUUCUGAACUUUAAAAAGAAAAAUUGCUGAGGGUCUGUUUCUAAUUAAAAAAAAAAAAAAACCCAAAUCUUAAGAGAUCAAGCAGAUUUUGGAGGUUUAGGUCCUUAGCAAGAAUAGCUGGUGCCCUACUUAUGGUUCAUGUCUCAGAAAGAAACUAUUGAAAGAACUGCUAUGAAUCAAACUGGAUGGGUCAGGCAAUGCUGUCCCACAGAAGGCCAGGGACAUUUGCCUAAUGCAUGGUGCUGAACUCCACCUUCCGAGGAAACUCCUCCCUUUCAAAAAUAACUUAUUAGUUUGAAAAAACAACUCUGUCCAACAUUUUUGAAGAUAAUGUUGGUGUUGUCUGGUGCUUUC